AUGUGUUGUGGAGACGAUGGCCAGUGGCAGAAAGAUGAGAACAUUAAAUGCGUGGUGGCACAGGCGUCCACGGAUCAGUUCACCAUGCUUAGAAGCCAGGCCACGGCGAAGCCAGUCAAGCGCAGACGCCAUGCCGUCAUUUUGGCCACCCGAUCCUUCGACAUUUGCGAGUUCAACCAGAUCACAACCCGGCUUUUGAUGCGGACAUUGUGCCCCGACUUGCUGGUUUCUCUAUGUGUGGCCAAGCUGGAAACUCGCUCAUCCGUCAAGGUCACAAAAGACAAGUCCAGCGACACGCUCAGAAAGAAACACGGAGACAAGGCCACUCAUGGCCAGUUUGUCCAAAAGAAGACCUUAGCAGACUUUGACAAACUGGAAAAGGAUAUCAAGGACAUGAUAAAGGCAAAUGACCAGGCAAGGCUCUCGAAGAUGUGGAAGCGAUUGGACUUCAAUGGUAACAACAUUGUGUCUCUUGCAGAGGUUGACAAACUGGUGAACGAGCAGUUCCCCUUGUUGAACCACAAGCCUGCGUUGAUGCGAGCGUUCCAAGCAACGCUCAGAGGAGGCAAUGGUGACGAAUGGGUCCAGAAGCAUGAGUUUAAGAUGCUCCUUGGGAACCUCUUCUACUUCAACAAGCUGUUUUGGCUUUUUGAUCAGGUCGAUGAGGACCACGACAGGCGCAUGGACCUGAAGGAGUUCCAGUGGUGCAUGUCAAUGUGUGGAUUGAAAAUGUCACAAGCGAAGGCCGAGGCAGAAUUCAAGAAGAUCGAUGUUAAUGGUGGUGGGAUUGUUCUCUUCGACGAGUUCUGCAGAUAUUUCACAGAUCGACAAUGCCCAGAGGAUGUGCGACGGGACCACCUUCUGAAGCGCCAAAGAAUUGAUGUCCACCAGUGGCCGGCGCCUGGUCUUCCUGACAAGAUCUACCGACCGCAUGUGCAGGAGCCAGAACAUUCCAUAAAGAUCAGUGGCCAACCAACAGGUGUGGCUAGGUAUAUUCCAAAGAAUUUUCGACAUCAGCAAUACAUCGAUUCCAUUAGAAGCGCAGAGUAUCUCGGUGAAGAUUCGCCAUACAAUCACCUUGGUGGUACCUUCUGGAAGGCAAGGCGCUACAACGUCACUUACAAUCCCAUUCCAGCAGAUAGCUCUGUCCUUCCAGGUGUCCACUUCCACUCCAGGCUCAAUGUCUGGGUUGUGGAAUGGCAUGAACAGGAAAGGCACCGCAUCAAAUAUGUUCGCGCGAGCUAUGGCUUCAUGCGCGCCAAGAUGAAUGCGGAAGCAUUCCGCCGAGAUCUUGUCCAGGCAGGACGCGUGGACAACCGUCGGACCGACCGACAGAUUCAGAUUCAACAGCUGGCUCGCGCUGAGUCAAGAAGGCUGUUCAAGAAGAAGUUUGAUCGAAAAGAUGCCCGUCGUGUAGGAAAUUCAGGCAGCAAGAAAGGCAACGAGCGAAAAGUUCGGAGAGACUAUCAAAGAAGAGGUUUGCUGCCGUGA